AUGUCAAAAUCCGAUAUACUCGCUGCCAUUGAAGAAUUUCAGACCGCCAUCUACAGCUGGCCAACCUCCUUCGACGCCUAUUUUCAGGCAGCUCCAGAUUCCUCCCUGUUUUCAUCUUCUUCCCCACCACCCAUUACUCCAGCUCCCUAUCCACCACGAUCGUUUCCCCCAAUCUUACAUACAACUCACUCCACAUCACAUCUUCCCAUUCGCCGUCUAAGCCGAUCUGAAAUCGAAGCUAAAAACGACCUCGGGCUGUGUUACAAUUGUGACCAAACUUGGUCCGAUACCCACCGAUGCCGCAGCAAAUAUUUGAUUCUUUUCGGCACCGAUGAUGAGGAUGACUUUGGAGAUCCCAAGUCUCCUUAUUCCAUGGGUGGAGUUGAAGUUAAAGCGAAGGAUGUCUCAAGUCCUUCACCAUUCCCAACCACUCACAGCCCCUCUCCGAUUUUCUCGCCGUCGGCACCCUCCACCACCACCGUUACUCCAGCAGAUCUGCCCUUUAUUGAUGCUCCACCCCAUUUGCCGUCCAAAGCUAUCCCACCUCACUCUGUUCUGCAUUCGCCCACUCCGCUACCAUCGAUAGUUCUCCAACCGCCGCCGCCGCCGCCGCCGCCAACACCUCCACCGCCAAUACCACCUCCACCCACCGAGCCACCCCCAGCAGACUUUCUGCCUUCACCUGUAAUACCACCACCACCACCAAUAAUUCCUCCAGUGAGUCAUCAGCCAACCCCCUCCCCACUCAGUCAGUCACCACCAUCUCCGACUCUUCCUUGCCACAACAAAAAGUUACUCCUUCUGGGUUAUGGAGACGAAGACCUUGAUUCACCGGGCAACCCUACUCCAGCACCCAAGUGCCCAGGCUCGUCUGUCACGACCGGCCUUAAUUAA